ACUUCAACGGAGUGCAUGCACGCUCAGACCCGCUGAAAAACACUAAACGCGUUUAAAAUAGGAUAUCUUUUGGUCAAAUGUUUCCGUAACUUCAAACAAUAAAAGCAUUUCUUUGUUAAAAAGUAAGUCACAAAUGAAAAACAAGGAGAAUGGAUUUCGAACGUAGAGAAAAAGAGUUUCAGGAACGUUAUAAAAAGGAUUGUGAAAGGGGGAGAUUAUCCUCUAAGUAUGAGGCUCAAGAGGGAGAAGAGGCUGAAACAAUUGGAACAUGUACAAAGGAGAAGGAAAAAUUGGAAAAGGAACUGAGAACAGCAAGAUGCGAUCUGGCUAUAAUUAGAAAAAGUUUAGGCAGUAAUAAAAGUGUUCCUGAGCCAGAAUCAAGCAGCCCUACCAAAGAUGCACAAAAAGAUAACUCUUCCUUCUUCGAGUUUAAAUUUCAUAAACAUCGUUCCGCGCAAUCUGACAAAUUGUACAAAGAAAAGAAUGAAUUGGAGGCACAAUUGGAUUCCAAGAAGAAGGAUAUCCAAGAAAAACAAAAGAAAAUAUUUGAACUUCAAGAGAAAGUUGGGAAAAUGGCAUGUCUAGAAACUAAACUCGAAGAGAAAAAAAAGAGAUUAGAAGCAUUUAACAAGGAGAGAGAUUUAUUGGAAAGAGAACUAGUUUCCACUAGGUCAGAAUUAGCUGGAAUAAAAAGAACAUUAGAGUUAGAACGUCAAGAAAGAAGAGAUUUAGAGACCAGGGCUCUUAGUUUAAUAAAAGAUGCAAAACGCAAAUGGGAAAAUACAGAAAGGGAAAAAAUUGCACAAUUAAACAAGCACAUUGAGACUCAAACUGCAAGAAUUACAGAAUUAUGCACAAGUAACAAUGAAAUGAGUUCAAGAUUACAGAGAACAGAAUGUGAACUUCAAACAGCGAAUGCAGAAUUGCAUAAACUUAGGGUAUUUCAGAUGCAAUAUAAAGAGUCUCUAGCCAAAACUAGAGAACUUAGUCGACAAAGCGUUCAAGGCGUUGAGACGAAACUGGAAGAAAUAGCAGCUCGAGCGCAUAAUCAGUUGGCUGAACUAAGAGCAAAGUUAGAUUUGGAGAUAGGAAAAAAUACGGAUUUAGAGACUAAACUGAGAAAUGAACAAGAUUCUAAUCACUGUCGUCAGUCGAGAUUAAAUGUUGCUUUAGAAUUAGCACAGAACGAAUUGAAAGACUGUCAAGAGCAAUUGCGUACCAUACAUGCAACAAUUCCAGCUAGGGAUACUGAAAUAGAAGCUUUAAAAAAACAAUUGCAAGAAAGAUCAAAUCAAUUAGAGAAUGCUAUGGCAUUAGAACAGACAGUGACUACAAUGCAACAGGAAUUGGACAGAGUGCAGCUCGAGAACGAACAGUUGAAGCAACAAUUACAAGUAACGAAGUCCGAUUUAAGCGAAACUGUAAUGAAUUUGGAACAGAGUGAAGCUCUGGCCAUGAAUUUGGAACAAGCUGCACAAGACAAAGUUGCGCUACAGAAACGGUUACAGGAUUCUCUUGAGAAAGAAGAGGAGCACAUGCGUAAAGUUGGUAAUUUAGAAGAAUUGUUACGACGAUUAGAACAUAGCGUUACCAAGCUGGAAGUGGAAAACGCUACUCUUAAAAUGGAAACUGAACAACCGAGUACCAGCACGAUGCCCAAAAGAGAAACGGUGGCACCGGAUAUUCGUAUAGAAGAACAAAUACAAAAAUUAGAGCAUGAUCUUCAAACUACGAGAGAAAAUUUAAAUACCGAACGUCAAACCGCGAAACAAGCGCAGAUCAAUUUAUGGAAGAAAGAAAAGGAAUUGUCGGACGCGAAUUUAGAUAAAAGGAUUGCAUUGAGAGAAUGCAAAAAGGCGGAGGAUAAAGUGAAAAUGUUGCUGGAAGAGAAACAUAAAUUGUCAGACAAGUUGGAUCACAAAGUAAAGGAAGAGGAAGAAAAAUCUAGAAGAUUGCUCAAAGAAUUAAGUAGUGCAAAAUCAUCGUUGAAUGAUAUAACCAAGGAUUCCUCUAGAAACAAAAUGCAAGCAGAUUCUGCUCAGAGAGCUUUGACUCAAGCUAAUCAACAAAUAGAAGAGCUUCAAUCUUCGAGCGCCUCGCUCCGCAGAGAAUUAGAUUCGGCGCGCAAGCAAGUACGAACGAGUCAAGAUAGGGUCGAUAGUCUGAAUACCGAGAAUAGACGUUUGUCGCACAAAAUUUCCAAACAUGCCGAAGAAAAGAGCGAGCUCGAAACCAAGAUCGAAAGGCUAGAGCAAGAGAUCAAGGGCAACGAGUUGAAUAUCGAACUUUUGAAAGAAACGUGCACGGUGCUCGAGGAGCAAUUGAUGGAUUACGAGAAGCUGACUAGCGAUCACGAGACGCGGGAGAAUAUACUGAUCCAAGACAAGAUGAAGUUACAAAAAGACCUGGAAGCGGUCGAAGCGAAGUUUCGCGAAUCGCAAACAGUUCGAAACGAAGAGAGAUCGUUGCGACUGGCCGCUGAACGCAAUCUAGAAAGACUCGAAUCCGAAACUAGUGAUAUAGAGACCGAGAGAAACGGUUUAUUGUCUCAGAGGGAUCAGUACAAGAGGCUCGUGCAAGAAUUGAACACUCAAGUCGAGGAUUUAACAACCAAAUGCGGCGAAUUGGAAUGUGAUUUCUCGGAAAUGAAACGUAGCUUGGAGGUAGCCAAGGCAGAGACAAGAGUGGUUAAAGAAGAAAGUAGCGAGCAUCUGACGAGGUUCCACGAAUUGAAGGAAGCGAACUUCGCGCUUAUGAACGAUCUGCAGACUAGCGUGGACCAGGGCCAACAGCUUCGUAUGAGAAUAUCGGAAUUGGAGAGUAUCUUGGAGGAAAUGCGACAGUUCUAUCAGGAAAUGGAAGUGAAGGCUGAAAGCACCAGGCAACAGCAGACAAAAUUAAUCGAUUACCUGCAGUUCAAAUUGGAGGAGUGUAGUAAAAAGAAGAAGACAACGGUGUGCGACAAGAUACUUGGCACCAAACAAAAAGAAAAUAUACCACCUAGCGGGACUGGGAUGCCUGUCGGUUACCGGGAGCUGGAGAACCAACUAGCAAAAGAGCGUGCAAAAGUUAAAACGUUAACCGACCAAUUGUUGGCGCUCAGAACUAUGCACGCUUCGAUUUCCGCGCCAACUUCGCCUACAGCUCCGGAAAUGAAGAGUUCGAAUUACACGACGGAAUUACAGUCCGCUAACACGUUGACGAAACGGUUAUCGCCCCAAAGGAUAGGGCACAACAUUCCCCACCGAUUCGAAGUCGGUUUACCGAUGCGAGCAGGAAAAUGCUCCGGCUGCUUGGAUUCCAUUCGAUUUGGCAAACGUGCGGCCAUUUGCAGCGAGUGUCAAGUAAUGGCACAUCUCAAAUGCGCGGUUACCAUUCCAGCUACUUGCGGCUUACCGGGCGGUUUCGCCAAACAGUUUGGCAAAAGUUGGAGGAACAGCGACGAAAGCUUAUCCACGUUAUCCGGAAGCGUUCAAACGUUAACCAUUGAUCAACCAGAUAAAGCGGAGAAGGAUACAUGCGAUGCCCAAAGUAAGGAUAAUGUGAUAAUGGAGGGCUGGGCGGAAGUCCCGAUACGCACAAAAACUUGUUGGGAAAGAAAAUACCUGAGAUUGGAAGGUACAAGUUUAUGUAUUUAUGAACAUCAACCUGCUGUCGGUAUGUCACCCGUGAAUCGAUUGAAUCUCACCGAGAAGGAUGGAUUCACAGUAUUGGAUAGUGUACAGCUACCGGAUGUAAUGAGAACAGCGAAGUCGGACCUUCCGUUUAUCUUUAGAUUGGAAUCUAAUUCAUCGACUACCUGUUGGCCAACGUCACGUUUAGAUAUAAUGGCUUUGAAUCAGACCGAUAAGAAAAAUUGGUUGAAAGCGUUGAAGUCUGUUACUAGUCAAAAUCGUUUGAGUAAUAUUCAUAAAAGUGAGAGAUAUCAAAUUAUAUUAAGAUUAGAAAGCAAUCAAUUGGAUUUAACGUGUGCUGUAAAUUUGCCCGAAGAAAAUGUGCUUCUAUUGGGCGCCGAGGAAGGCCUGUUCUCAUAUAGCGGUGCAAAAUCACGGAUGCUUACUGCUAUACGAGGAGUGAAGGGGGUGCAUCAGUUAACUGUACACCCUCAUUUGGGUAUAGCUUUAAUGAUAGCUGGAGAAAAUAGGCAAUUAGUAUCUUGUAAUUUAAGACAAUUGAAGAGUAAUGCAAUGGCUGCUGAAUGCUCCAGGCCAGCAAUCAAUACAAAGCCAGUUCUAACUGGUACCGAUAGCUGUCAUCUAUACGAAUUACAAGGGGACAUGCUGUGCGCGGCGACAGCAUCCCACGUAAUAUUACUCAAAUGGUACACCGAAGAGGAUUCUGGAGAAUUUAUUGGUGUUCGAGAACUCGAAACAUCCGAGCCAUGCAACUGUGCCAUAUUUACUCAGAAUGUCCUCAUCGUGGGAUGUAAUAAAUUUUUCCAAAUAGAUCUUAAAAAUUACUGUGUCGAUGAGUUUCCAGAAGGGGACGAUAAUUCGGUAAAAGCUGCGCUAUCGGGAGUAGCUAAACUUGAUAUUUUCCCUGUAUGCGUUCUAAACGUUUCUCUAGUACCUGACAAAAUGGAGAUCUUGCUCUGCUACAACGAGUUCGGAAUGUUUGUAAAUGAAAAUGGCCAAAGAACCCGUAGCAUCGAACCGAUGUGGAAUAAUUUACCCUUUGUUUUCGCUUUCCGUAAACCCUAUUUGUUCAUUAUUUACUUCUCAUCCGUGGAGAUCUUGAAACUCGAUCAAGAAUCGUACACUACGCCGACGAAGAACCCAGAACGAAUAUUAAUCGAGUUAUCUAACCCUCGUUAUUUGGGACUAGCUGGAUCGAAAGGAAUUUAUUUGUCAACUGUAAAUUCCUUUUUGGAAUUGUUGAAGAUAGAUGGUCCUUCUAAUAUACGACGACUAAACGGCAGUCUUACGAGUUUCGAUACUUUAGAUCAAGACGAUGAAAGCAGUUCAGAAUUCAGUUUCACGUCGAGCUUAAUGGAGACUUUAGACGGCCAUGGAAAGAAAGUUCACUUUGCUGAUGUUUCAAAACAUUAAGAUAUAUAUACUUAUUGUUGAUCAUAGUAAACAUUUUCUCUAUCCUUCGUAUGAAUGUAGGAAUUACAAAAGAAUUGAGAUCAAGACUGCAAAUAUUUAAUAACCGUUCUGGAAAGAUAGUCAUAACGAACACGUUACUUAUAGCAUACAUUCAAUUUAAUUUAUACAUAUUGAUGCACAACUCUUAUUGUCGGUAUAUAAUCGAUGAAUAUCGAUUUUUUUUUUCUGUUUUUUUUUUCGUCAAUUGAAGAAUCAUAAAGUCACAGAUCUCAAAUGUUUGCUAUGAUGAAGAGUUUAUACGGUACUAUGUAGUAUUAGUUCACCAAAUAUGAU